UGACUGAUCAGUCUCUACCACACACAAGCAUGAAGCAUCAUAACUCUCGGUCAUUCCCCAUCAUCAAAUCUCAAUCAUAUGUUAUUUAAGUAUACAUAUAAUGUCCCACUAGAAUCCCACUCUUUCUACUUCUCUUUCUCACAUCUUAAACCAACUAUCACUCUCACAGGCAUUUUCACAAACACCUUGCCUGCAACCCCAUCUGAGUUCACAAUAAAUGGACGAGAAAUGGAAUCUAUCAAAGAAGGAAGGUUCAGGAAGUAGUUACCAUCAUUCAUCCACAAAUGCCAAAUCGUCAUUCCUGAGAAGUGGGUCAACCUCCAAAUCGCCAUUGCUGCGAUGUUCUUCACAGAAAAGCUUCCCAUCUUCUAAUUCCAAGAACCCCCACGAUCUCCCUCGAAGUUAUUCACAGAAAAGCUCUUCUAAUUCCAUUGGAAGAAAGUACAGCAGCUUGGCAAAGGAACAGAAGGCUCGAUUCUACAUCAUGAGACGCUGCGUGGCGAUGCUUGUGUGUUGGCAUAAACAUGGAGAUUCGUAAAGAAGACAAAGAAUCGAUCAGGGUUCAACCCAUUUUCGUUCGAUUCAGAGAUUUGAUUUCUUCACCUUCUUCAUUCGAAUUGGAUCUUGAGAUCCUAUUGAGAAAUUGAUGUAAAUUUUUCGUGCAACCCCAUUGAGAAGAAGGGGUGGGGAACUCUGUUUUCUUGGAUUCAAUUAGAUUCAAAUUGUAAUUACAUUGAUGAGUUGAAGAACUUUAAAUGCAGUCAGAUCGAUCUCCUCUUCCUGAAUUUCUUGCCAGAUUUCCAUCGUUGAUUUUUCUUUUAAAUUGUU